AUGCAUGGAGCAAGUCCAGUGCACAGGAGACAGCAAACCUGGCAACAGCAAGAUCUGCUUUGGACUGCUGUGUAUGUUAUAUAUAUUUGCUGAUUCACUGCAGGAUGACUGUUGCCACAAAACAAAUCCAGCUUUUCAGUUUAUUGGUAAUCCCCCACUGCCAGUUUUUCUACUGGGGUAGGAUGCAUUUAAGAGCCUAUUUUACCAUGUUGUGACUAAUGAGAAAAUGUAAAUGAUGACAAAGUGUAAAUGUCAAAUGGUAUUAAUUGUAAGCUCCAUUUGAAGUCCUUUUCCGUAUUUGUAUAUUACAGGCUUCUUCCACAAGGUGGAGCUUUAAGGCUCUGUAGCUGGGAUUUUUUUCCCCUCUUGUCUAAUAAGCAGAAAGAUGAAUGGAGCUCAUGAAAUAUCUUAAAACAGGCAUAAAACGACAAUUUCAGUGCUUUUCAAGAAAGUGGGUAGGUUUUAGGAAAAAAACCCCACCAGACUCAACAGAUAUUUUUGACUCUUUAACGUAGCCAAGUUACUGGAAUUAACGUUAUAAAGAGGAAAAGAAGGAUUGGUAAUAGUAGUUCUCAUUACUUAUUUAUUCUGUUGGAAUUAAUGUUUCUUUGCUUUCAAACUGAUUUGAAAGGCAGGCAGGACUAGAUAGACAAAAGCAGUAUGAAAAUGCUUGCUAAAUCUUCACUUAUUGGGAGGAGAAGGUUUGUUGUUUUUUUAACAGUCCUACCCUAAAAGAAGAGGAAACUUUAGAUAAGAGCUAUUCUGAUAGUUAAAAGAAAGGCAGAAAGCAUAUAUCUUUCUUUUGCACAGCUGUCUUUUCAAGAAUGAGCUAUGUAUACCCUUUCUCUGGAAGACAACCGCUGUGUGUUUUUCACUCUGCCUGCCAGAAAUUGCAUCUUGCUGAAUUCCGGAAAAGUGCCACCAGUAUUUCAGGCCGUGUUUCUGUAAUCAGUUCUCUUGGGCUUCCCAUGUUUCUUUGAGUAUCCGAACUAUUGCCAUCUUGUCGGAAAUCCCCUGCUGUUAAUUUUGUUGUAAUGGAAUUCUUCAUCUGCACGCUAUGCUCCUGCUGGAAGUCCAAGGGAAAGCCAAACGGUAAAAAACCAGCACCAGAAGAGAAGAAACUUUACCUAGAGCCAGAAUACACAAAAUCCAGAAUUACUGACUUUGAAUUUAAGGAGCUAGUGAUGUUACCACGAGAAAUAGAUCUCAACGAGUGGCUAGCCAGCAACACAACAACUUUCUUUCAUCACAUCAACUUACAGUAUAGUACAAUCUCAGAAUUCUGUACAGGAGAGUCAUGUCAGACCAUGGCCGUGUGCAAUACACAGUACUACUGGUAUGAUGAGCGGGGAAAGAAGAUCAAGUGCACUGCUCCUCAGUAUGUUGACUUCGUCAUGAGCUCAGUGCAGAAACUAGUGACAGAUGAGGAUGUCUUUCCAACAAAAUACGGCAAGGAAUUCCCAAACUCAUUUGAGUCCCUAGUGAAGAAGAUCUGCAAGUAUCUGUUCCAUGUGCUGGCCCAUAUCUACUCCUCACACUUUAAGGAGACUUUGGCACUGGAGCUGCACGGACAUUUAAACACACUCUACACACACUUUAUCCUAUUCAUCAGGGAGUUCAACCUCGUGGACCCUAAAGAGACCACCAUCAUGGAUGACCUCACAGAGGUCCUCUGCAGCAGCAGUGGGAGCAGCAGUAAUGGGAGUGGCAACGGGAGUAGCAACAGCGCAGGAGCACAGAACCAUGUGAAAGAGAGAUGAGCCUUCUUCCAGGAGCAAAACUAACAUUAAAAACAAUAUAUAUUCUGUGUGUAUGUGUAUGUAUAUGUUCAGAUAUACAUACAGACAUAUACAGCAAUGAAAGCUGAGAGAAAUUCUGCUGCCGCCACAGGAUGUGUAGUCACAGGACUGUACGGAGCUUUGGUUUAAUGCGCCACUUGGCGAGAAGUUGCACCGAUUUUAUUUUAUUUUCUGUCCACUCCUCCUUUUACCUGUUCAGAUGGAUGACGAGUGCUGUUUUUAAAGAAAAGCCAAGCUUGAGUGGGGCCACUCCUGGUUAUUUUGGUUGUUGGUUUGGUUUGGGGUUGGUUGUUUUGAUUUUGGUUGUUUUUUGU